AUGUUCUACGACAGUGAGAAUGGAUUGGGAUACAACUAUUCGUGCAUUAACUGCCACAACGACUCGUACUACAGUUACAACUUUAGCAAUGUGGACGAUUUUGUUUGUGUCUUGCAUGGCGACGACGACCUUACCACUAGUAUUUUCAAAGUAUUUGUGUAUGUGAUGUACAUUGCGGUGUUUGUUACUGCGCUUGUGGGUAAUGGAUUAGUGUGUACGGUAGUGCAGACCACAGCGCGCAUGAAGACCGUAACGAACUAUUUUAUAGUGAAUUUAGCACCACGGCUUAGCAAGACAGCCGCCAAACUGGUGGUGUUUGGUGUGUGGAGCGGGGCGCUGGUCACGGCGGCUCCAAUACCUAUAGUGUCCAAGCUUCAGAGGCCGUCGCUUUGGCAUCAGACUUGUGAAGUUGACAUUUGUGGUGAGCUAUGGUCGAGCACAGAGCAGAGUCGUCAGUAUACGUACGCACUCUUGGUGCUGCAGUUCGUGCUGCCGCUGAGUGCGCUAGUGUGCACGUAUACUCGGAUUGCACACACCGUGUGGGGCGGACGACCGCCUGGAGAGGCGCAGGAUGCCAGAGACUCACGUAUACAACAUUCCAAACGAAAGGUCGGCAACGCACUCGUAACUCCUCUGUUGUUGCGGGUGUCCAUGGGCGGUGCUGAUUGCUUACCAUCAGAUGGUGAAAAUGAUGUUGACUGUCGUCACAGUCUUCGUGAUGAGCUGGUUGCCGCUCAACAUUUUCAUAAUACUCAGUACGUUGCUAUGUUUGAAGAAGAAGGACUCAACCAGACCGUGCCAAAGGUCAAGUGUUUGCGAAGGCAUACCUAUGUCAGGAGUAGGGACAAACAUUACAAUUUUAAUAGAAAAAAUGUGAAAAUUUGGGAGAAUGUAUGGAUGUUUUUGCACCAUAUUUCCUCUGCAUUAUGCAGUAGCAAGGUGAAGUUGGAAAGUACCUACGUGUUGUACGAAGUUCUAGAAAUUUGUGAAUCACUCAAAGAGUUGUUGCGUGCAGGAAUCGAAACCGCGCGCGUCACGUUGCGCGGUAGCCAGUUGCCCAGUCAUCGCGCCAACCGUGCAGUCAUGGCAUCCCAGGAUUGCCAUGCUUCGGCAUGA